AGACCACCUUACCGGUGAUAUCAUACUAAACUAACAAACUAUCACCAAACUUGUAAAUAUUAAUCUGACCCUCUCUUUAUAGACUACACUCAUACUUAACACUCAUAGAAAAAUCACCAUGUUGAGUCGUUGUAUGUUGAGAACUGUCGGUAUGCCAUUGCACACCAGAGUCAUCUCGAGAGUGGCAUUAACACCAAUGUCAAAGUCAUUACCAAAAUUAUUGACAGGAAGAUAUUAUUCCACUGGUAAAGAUGCUGAUAAAAAGAAGUCAGAAAAACCUCAAAGUAUUUUAACUGAAGAUAUCUUAGCUAAGGCAGGUUUUGAAGAUAUUGAUCCUAAGAAACAAGAAGGUCAACAAGAACAACCAGAAACUGAAACUGAAACUGGAUCCGAAGAAGAUGCUUCUGAAAGAUCUAGUAGAAGAAGUAGAAGAAGAGCUCAAACUUCAAAGGAUAUAAAACGUGAAAGAGCUGCCAAUUUAUUCUAUUUACUUACUUUUGGUACUUCUGUUGUUGGUGUUGGUUAUUUGAGUAGAAAUUGGGAUAACGAACAAGAACAAAAAGCUUUAGAAGCUACUAAUAUUGAUAAUGGAUAUACUCCUCAAUUAAUGUAUGACAGAUUAUCUGCUAGAUUAAGUUCAUUAUUUACUUUCUUUUCCGAACCAGCUUUUGAACAAUUAUUGCCACCACCCGCCCCAGAAGCUUACAGAAGACCAUUAACUUUAGUAUUAACUUUAGAUGAUUUAUUAGUUCAUUCUUCUUGGGAUACUAAACAUGGUUGGAGAACUGCUAAAAGACCAGGUUUAGAUUAUUUCCUUGGUUACUUAUCUCAAUACUAUGAAAUUGUUAUCUUUGGUUCUAAUUAUCAAGUUUAUUCCGAUAAAACUGUCAACAAAUUAGAUCCGUACCAUGCUUUCAUCUCUUAUGCUUUAUAUAAAGAAGCUUGUCGUUACAAAGAUGGUAAAAAUAUUAAAGAUUUAUCAUUAUUAAAUAGAGAUUUAGGUAAAACCGUUAUGGUUGAAGUUGAUCCAAAUUGUGCUUCAUUACAACCAGAAAAUUCAAUUGUUCUUAAUCCAUGGGAUGGUCAAGCUGAUGAUUAUUUAGUUAAAUUGAUUCCAUUUUUGGAAUAUUUGGCUACUCAACCAGUUAAAGACGUUAGACCAAUCUUAAAUUCAUUCAAAGAUAGAAGUAAUAUCAUUGAAGAAUUCGAAGAAAGAGAAAAACUUUUAAGACAAAGAUGGGCAGAAGAUAACAAAAAUUUAUUAAAAAAUGUAGGUAAACCAAAUGCUGGUACAUUCUUAGCUCAAUUAUUUGGAGUUCCAAGUUUUAAUAAAGAACCUAAAAUGCCAUUAGAUAUCAUUAGAGAACAUGGACAAUUCCAAUACCAACAAAUGAUUAAACAUUUGAAUGAAAAUAUCCAAAAGUUCUUAGAAGAUGAUAAAAAAUUCACUGAGCAAUUUGGUAAAACUAGUAUUAAUAAAUUGUUAACUGAAGAAAGACCAAGUCCUGAAAAGAUUGCUCAAAUGCAAGCUGAAUUCAAACAAAAGCAAGAACAAGAAGAAGCUGCUGCUGCUGCUGCUGCUGGAAGCAAAUAAUGAAUAAUCAAUUUUCUGUAUAUAUAAUUACGUCCUGUACUUUAAGUAAUACAAACUUUGUAUGAAGUGGAUUCCGGUAUCUAAGCGCAAUAGUUUGUAGUUUGUAGUUAUGGCUUAAUUAAGCGAAGGUUGAGUACCUACCCGCACUAUCACCGAAAUCGGCUUGUCCCAAUGCCCACACAAUAAAAGAGAAGAAGCACUGUUAAUUGCAGUAGAACUAAUUUCUUACAGGAAUAAUUAUAGGCAAGGCUGUAACCGAAUCAAUAUAAGGUACCAUCACCUGACAUAAAUAAUUUGUAGUAGUGUAAACGAUUUCCUCACGUAAUCAG